UAGAAAUUCUACUUGAACAUGAAUGAACCCUGUCAGUGUUGAUAGAGGAGUAACUUGUGCUGAGAUAUUAACUAUGUACAGAAAAGUAGCCAGUUCAUAACAUCGUGUACGCGUCUACUGCCAGCCAGUGCAGCUUAUUCUCCUCUCCAGACGACCACCCACCUAGAGCCGAAGGAUCUGUCCUAGGUUUCUGCCUCUGAAAGGCAGUUUUUCCUUCCCCCGUCGCCAAGGUCUUGCUCAUGGUGGUUAUCAAUAUGGCCUCAUGGAUUAUUCAGAUGAGUGUGAUGGUGCUCUCUGUCAGCAGCAGCCAGGGCAAGAGGGACAAGGUACUCUACUGUUCUGCAUGCAAGGCGAUUGUGGAUGAACUGAACUACUCAAUCAGUCAGGUGGACCCAAAGAAAACCAUCAACGUUGGCAGCUUUAGACUCAACCCUGAUGGAACCAUGGAGGACAAAAAGGUACCUCUUGCUCGCUCAGAGACUCACCUCAGCGAACUCCUGGAUGGGGUGUGCAACAGCAUGACCGACUACGCCCUCCACGUGGACCCCAACACCCAGCUCAAACAGUACAUGAGGUUUGCUCCCAGGAGCAGCGGGACCACCGGGGACUUUCCUGACUUUAAGAACUUCCAGUUCAACGGACCUGAGGCAUCCAACGCCCUGAAAUUUGCGUGUGAGACGGUGGUGGAGGAGCUGGAGGAUGAUAUCAUCUAUCUGUUCAGCCGGGACACAGAGCAUGUGCACGAGGAGUUAUGCAACAGAGUCUCAGACUACUGUAAAGACAGCAGUCACACAAACAAGGAGUUAUAGUGUCAUUUCACAUUUCCACUGGACAAAGGUGGAACCAGCUUUGUUUGAGGCCUUCAACAGAAUCAGUUUUUAACCAAUAAUUGACAAUAUUUUGAAAUAAAUAAAAAGAACAAAUCUUGAUAAAACCA